AAGCUGUGAAGCAGCACUGUCUGAACUGAACUGUGAAGAAGGAGAGACAGAAACUAUAGAAGCAUUUGAGUCAACACAAUAUUUGGAAGAGAAAAAAAAAAGAAAAAAAAGAAAAAGAAACAUGGGGUGAAACGGUGAAGCACUCACAGUUUGAAAUUUGAAGAGAAAGAGAGUUCUGGGGAAAGAAAAACAAAGAUGGAAAGCAAGGAAAAAGGUGUGGACAGAGAAGCCAAAAAGCAGGGUGUAAUGGUGAAAAAGUUGAAACGCGGUGUGUUGGUAGGGAAAAGAGGAGGCCCAUGUACUCCACCACCUACAUGGAGGCUUGAGUUUUCAUCUCACAAGAAUGAUAACACCACUGCUGACACUCAAGAAUUCCUCACCUUUCCCAACACUGCCACCACAUCAAUCUCAGCUAGAAAGCUCUGCGCCAGCCUCUGGGAGAUUCAACCCCACCAGCGCGUCCCUGUCCCACUUGCUAAAAUGAGAAAGGGUGGUGCUAGGACUAGGCUCCAUCGCCACCACCACAGGGGCAAAGGCUUUGAGGUUUCCAAACACUUGGUUGACCCUCAGAGUCCCCCUGACUCGCCAGCAAGUGCAAGUAGCUUGAGGAAGCAUGUUGCAGCAUCACUUGUACAACACCGUCGAUCGGUUCAAAGAAAUCUUUGCGCAUUGCAGCCUGUAUCUCCCGCAAGUUGUGGUAGCUCAAUGGAGGUGGCACCGUAUAACCCUCCUGUCACUCCCACAAGUUCUUUGGACUUGAAGGGUAGAAUGGGCGAAUCAAGUUAUAGCCUUAAAACAUCCACGGAGUUAGUCAAGGUGCUCAAUCGGAUUUGGGGUCUAGAAGAACAACAUGCAUCCAAUGUAUCAUUGGUGAAAGCGCUGAAAAUGGAACUAUAUCAUUCUAAAGCUAGAAUUAAAGAAUUGCUAGAAGAGAAGCAAUCAGAUGGGCACGAAUUGGAUGGCUUGAUGAAGCUAGUUACAGAGGAUAAACUUGUUAGGAAGAAUAAGGAGCAAGAUCGAAUUAAAGCUGUGGUUGAGUCAAUCAGGGAUGAGCUAGAAGAUGAGAGGAAGCUAAGAAAGCUUUCAGAAAGCCUGCACCGGAAGCUAGCUCGAGAGCUUUCUGAAUUGAAACCUUCUUUUUCUAGUGCUUUGAGAGAGCUUGAAAGAGAGAGAAAAGCACGGAUCCUGUUGGAAAACUUGUGUGACGAGUUUGCUAAAGGUAUAAGAGAUUAUGAACAAGAAGUGCGGUCCUUGAAGCACAAGAACGAGAAGGAUAGGGUUGAUAAGGGAAACCCUGACAGGUUAAUUCUCCAUAUUUCAGAAGCGUGGCUUGAUGAACGGAUGCAAAUGAAGCUAGCAGAAGCUCAAAAUGAUAUUGCAGAGAAGAAUACAAUUGUGGACAAGUUAGGCUUUGAUAUAGAAAAUUUUCUUCAAGCUAAACGAUCUAUUGACUCAAGAAAAAAUGAGAACUUGUCCCCGCAGGAGCUAAACAAAAAUUGCUCAUGUCGACAUUCGGUAGAGUCCCUUUCUUUGAAUGAGACUGUUGGUGCUCCUCAAAACGCUGCUGAUGAAGAAGCCUUCUCAGCUGGUGAUCCUAAUUGCUUUGAACAAAACAAGAGUUCUGGUGGAAAACAAAGCAAAGGCAGCUCUCAACAAAAGGGCAAACAUGCUGCAGAAAGCCAUCACAAAGAGAUAGUGAAGUCCAAUUCCAUGAGAGCAAAGGUUGGAUCAUGGCAAACUGAUGACAUCUGUAAACCAUCCGGUUUGCAGGGUCAGUUUGAAGAGCAUAUGGCAAAUGCCGCCCCAUGUAAUGGAAACAGGAGCCAGUUUUCAGAGAGGCAAGAUGUAAUGAACUAUCCUGAGGCAUCCGGGACGUUUGAUGCCACCCGAGAAGGUCUACAAGAAAGAAACAGUAAACGCGGCGGGAGCUGUGGACCGAAAUCAAAUCAUGUGCUUGAUAACCUUAUUAGAAGUCAAUCCUUGUCAUUGGAGGUUGAUAAGAUUCAUCCCCAAAGUAAUUGCAGAGAAGAUUCUUGUGAUCGAUCAGUAUUAACAAGUAAUGCAAGUCCAGUACAACGGUGGAUGUCAAAAUUGACAACCCCAGAUUUUGAAAAAUCUGGAUCUUCCUUGAGAUUGCCUCGGGGCUUGAAGGAAAAUACAUUGAUGGCAAAACUACUUGAAGCGAGGUUAGAAGGACAGCACUCUCGCUCAAAAGCCUGCAAAGGUUCCUUGUAAAUUCAACAGAAUGGUGGGAUUUUCCCGGAGAAAGAAGCUUCUGAUUCACAGUGGCUGCUUUGAUCGUGCCAAGAUCCUCUUUCUAAAAUGACUAUUAGUGCCUUAGUGGUGCAAUGUAUUGGAACAAAAAAGGCGGCAUAUUAUUUUUUCUUGGUUCACAGAUCAGAAGCUAUGCAUGUUCUCUACCAACUUGUGAUGAA